AGGUUAAAAUUUUGAAAACACCACCUUUUCUUUUUAGCUUGAGAUAAGAAAUAUUAAUUAUAUGCAUGGUAUAACUUCAGGAAAAUGAUAGGAACUACUUCUUUAUUAACAUCAUGUGUCAAGUUACUUUUAAUUCCCUCUUAUAGAUCGACUGAUUUUGAAGUCCACAGAAAUUGGUUAGCUAUAACUUACAGUCUACCUUUUAACAAAUGGUAUUAUGAGGCUACAUCUAAAUGGACAUUGGAUUAUCCACCAUUUUUUGCCUGGUUCGAAUAUUUGUUAUCCUUAGUUGCGGUCUAUUUCGACAAGGAAAUGCUUAAUAUUAAUAACAUCGGUUAUUCGUCAGACAAGACAAUUUUAUUCCAAAGACUCUCUGUGAUUUUAACUGAUUCUUUUUAUAUUUAUGGCGUUUAUAAAAUUGUUUUUUAGAACAUGUGAAGCCUUACCUAAAGGUUGGAAAAGAGAUGUUGUUUUACCUAUUUUGUUAAUAACAAAUUGUGGACUAUUAAUGGUAGAUCAUAUUCAUUUUCAAUAUAAUGGCAUAAUGUAUGGGAUUUUGCUUUUAUCUAUUGCAAAUUUGUUAAAGGAAAGGUAUUGUUGGUCAGCGUUUUGGUUUACAUUUUUACUCAAUAUGAAACAUAUUUACAUCUAUUUGGCUCCAGCGUAUUUUAUUUAUCUCCUAAGACAUUACUGCUUACCUGUAUCUAUUUCAACAAAAACACUCUUUACCAAGAAGGUGCUUAAAAAUUUUCAUAAAUUGGCAUCUAUAGUAAUAAGUGUGUUUGUAGCUAGUUUUGGACCGUUUUUUGCUGACAUACCACAAGUUCUUUCUAGGUUAUUCCCGUUUAAAAGGGGUUUGUGCCAUGCUUAUUGGGCUCCAAAUUUCUGGGCUCUGUAUAAUGUUGCAGAUAAAUCAGCAACGGUUCUUUUUCCAAAAUUGAACAUACCGAUUAGAAAUAGUUCUGUAGCGACAAUGACUGGUGGAUUAGUUCAAGAAUUUACACAUACAGUGUUGCCUAACAUUGUCCCAAUAACGACUUUAUUGCUCACUGUAGCUUUUGUAUUACCGGCAACGAUAAAAUUAUUUUUUAUGAACAAAAAUGCUACGAAUUUUUUAAGAUGUCUGGUAUUGUGUGGCCUUACUGCAUUCCUUUUUGGAUGGCACGUUCACGAAAAAGCUAUUUUGAUGGUUAUUAUACCUCUGAGCAUAUUAUCCAUAGUGGAGCCAACAGAUGCCAAGAUAUUCCUGAUACUUUCUACUACAGGGCACUAUUCCCUCUUUCCUCUAUUAUUCCCUUCAUCUUUACUCUCUAUUAAAGUCCUUUUACUUGUCUUGUAUUCCUCCUAUUCCUUUUAUAGUUUGUAUAAAAUUCAUCUGCCCAAAUUCAACAAACUGGCUUUACCAUUGCUAAGCACUUUGGAAAGCGCUUACAUUAUAGGCUUAGCAGGUGUAUUUUUGUACGAAAAUGUCGUCCAUCAAGUGCUUAGAUUAGAUAAAAGACUCCCCUUUUUACCUUUGAUGUUAACUUCCGUUUAUUGUGCCUUAGGCAUUUUGUAUUGCUGGUGUAAAUAUUAUAUUUAUUUCUUAAAUUUAAGUCCAAAUAGUAAUGUAAAAACCAAAAGAAAAUAAAUGUAAAUAAAAUA